AUGUCGAGUCAUGGUUAUCGCACUACCACCACCGUGGAGUAUUACGAGUACGAGAUGCCGCAAACUGGGGAAUAUAUCUAUCAAAUGAUGCCAUAUCCCUUCUCAAACAGCUGCGAGACAUGUCCUGUAAACUAUCUGAGUUAUGUUCAAGACCAUUUAUCAAUGGUUGGCGAUAAUAACUAUCAUAGCGGACUCGUCUUUGAAAUGGUGCCAUGUCGCCAAAGACAAACCACAAAUGGAUACAGUGAGCAGGACGUGGAGCAGCCACAUUCCAGUUACCAUCCACCGACUAUUUCUAAUCCCCGGCAUGAGGAUGAGUAUGAAACUGGAAAUGGAGACGCUUCUGCAACAGAAACAUGUAUUAAACCAAACAAAAGUGGCAAGAAAAAAAACAUCUAUCGUGCUAAGGAGGGAUAUUUGGUCGAGGAGCCAACCAGUGAAUCCGAGGAGGACCACGCAGAUGGAACAACAUAG